GCGGUUAGCGCUAAUCAGCAAUCAACCGGCCGUGAGUCAUACGGACUGCCGGCUUUAAUUCUAACCUCGGAUCACCGGUGCCUCUCUCUUUCUCUCUCUUUCUUUCCUUCUCGCUUCCUUUCUCCCUCUUUCUCUCUCUUUCUAGACACAAUCUCGCCUCCGAUGCAGUCGUAGGCGGGAAAUCCCGUUUUAACGAGGGUGCACCAGCUAAUAUUAGAAAGGCGUGCACAAGCGGGGCGCGAUCGCAAAUAAUCGCGAUUAUUAAAAAUUCACACGUAUCGGCGAUCGAUCGGUCCGCCGAAGGAAGAGGUCGCCCGAGGUGGCGGCGCAGGCGGAGAGAGAUAACGACAGGCGAUUCAAUUGGACUCGCGUGCGCGCACGUCAUCGGUCACGGCCGGCCGCGUUUUGAAAAGUGCGUGACAUUCCGGCGACUCGUUCGAGCGUCGUCCGUUGAGCGACGCGGAAUCGCGGCGGAUUCUCCGCCGGAGAUGGACUGGGAAAUAAAUCGAACGCUAUCGAAGGCGGCCGGUAAUCGUCCGAUGUCGUCGUAGCCGUCCUCGUCGCUGCGUCGCGCGAAUCGGCGAGCGAGCGAGCACGCACGUACGCACGCACGCACGCACGUACGCACAGUGGUGUUUCGCAUCGUGCGCGUCAUUGGCGUGCGAGAGGCGCAAUGUUUUUGCCGGAUUAAUUGCGUAGCCGCGCGGCGAACGAGCGCGAUCUGUCCGUCUCUUUUCCUCUCUCUUUCUCUGACAGUCUUCCUUCCGGCGUUUCUCUUUCCGCUAGAGGCGCGUUGCGCGUCGUCGCCGCCGCCGUUGCGGACGUCGCAGUUGCAGGCGCAGUUGCAGUCCCGCGAGCCGACGGAAUCGCACGCGCUCUCUGUCUCUCUCUCUCCCUCUCUCUCUCUCCACCACGUUGUGUCUUAUAUAUCACGAGACUCGCCGCGAGUGAUCAAUGGUACGUCGCGAAACCGUCCCUACGUGACGACACCUCCGCGUCCCCCGUGCUCGCGUGCGAUUUGAUUCGCGCCCUCGACGAGGGGACGCGCCGUAAUUCGCGUGAAAACAACGUGGCCCGGGGCCGCGCACCAAUGUCGGGAAGCGGUCGUUAGCUAUACGCCUCUCAUUCCGCGUUCCUCCGCGCGCAUCACGCUCUAAUUGUCGCCUACGCGUAAUUCAUCAUUGCUAUGGACUGAUACGUUUGUCGCGUACAAUCGCUCGCAAGCAAGAUUUACAAUGAGUUCGCAACCGAUUGUGGUACCUGGUGGAGAACAUCGUCCCCAUUCAGAAGCACAUUCUGUACCGGUUGGGGGCUCAGCAGAUGCCUUUAAAACCAUGACACCGCCAAAUGUCAGCAGGUCUUUCAGUCAACCAGCGGAUCGACAUCUUCGACGAAGCAGCAUUCAAGCACAGUCUACACCAUUACCUAAACUUCCAUCAACUGAGUCCCUUUCAACAAGCAUAAAUAUUACAGCCGGUGCACCUCCAAUGUCUCCAGGAUUAUCUGCAAUGGGUGAAGGUAGUCAAAAAGUCGAUAAUUCUUCAGACAAGUCGUUGGAUUCUUGCAAAUUGACGCGAAAGGAAUCGUAUAAAGCACAAAGAAAAAAUUAUCGAAUGGAAAAGAAAAGGGUAGCCAAUGAGCUUUUAAGUUCUUUCAAGGAUCCAACUGUUAUUGUUAUGAGCGAUUGGUUAAAAGUACGUGGUACCCUAAAAAGUUGGACCAAAUUGUGGUGUAUUCUGAAACCUGGAUUAUUAUUGCUAUACAAAAGCCCGAAAACAAAGAGUAAUCAUUGGGUGGGAACGGUACUACUUAAUACAUGUCAAGUUAUAGAACGUCCAAGUAAGAAAGAUGGAUUUUGUUUUAAAUUAUUUCAUCCUUUGGAGCAAUCUAUAUGGGCCCCACGAGGACCGGAGAAUGAAACUAUCGGCGCCGUUAUGCAACCUUUACCAACAUCUUAUUUAAUUUUCCGAGCUCCAUCUCAAGCGGCAGGCAAAUGUUGGUUAGACGCACUUGAGUUAUCGUUACGUUGCUCUUCGUUAAUAGUCCGUUCAACAAGUGUAUUACCACGUACAUUACCGCAUGAUACAACCACGACUCAUGAAACUCAGUGGAGUGAGGCGGAUUAUGAAAAGCAUUUUGAUGACCACGUAUGUCUAAGUCAUUACAUCCCAAGAUCACCUACAACAUCUCAGAGACGCUUGUUAUUGUGUCCGCAGCCGCUUUCACCUGCUAUAACACGUGAUCCUAGAAGCGUUUGUCCCUCACCGACCCCAAUGUUUCAACAUCUUUAUCAUGCAGUCGCAUAUUGGGAAAAACAAUUGCUUGACCGAUCUCCGACACCUGGCACAGAUCAGGAGAAUGUUGUCUCUUUGAUUUCUGUUGAGGAACCAGAUGGUGGUGAUAAUCAACCGUCUGGUUUUUCACGUCCCAGUCCAGCAAACCAUCCAGCAAUUUCCUCAGCACAUUGCAUGACCAUUCCUUCUGUGCAUGUCUUAGAAUACGACACCCAUCAAGUAGUAACGCUAGAUCCUGUGUACACCUCGCAUACAGACCUGGACGAUAUCAGUCAGCCAGAGAAUGGAGUAGCAGCUGAUGCUGAAAUCAGUGUCUCGGAUAGCGAAUCUGAGGGAUCAGCCAAGGAAGAUCAGUCGGAGCCAAUCACUGAAACACCAUAUACAUCUAAUGAGAAUGAAGUUCUUGGAGCGGCUGGGGAAGUUGUCGCUGAAUUACAAGAAGAACAAAAGUCUUUGAUAUGGUUCUUACUGAAACAAGUUCGUCCUGGUAUGGAUUUGUCUAAAGUUGUAUUGCCAACUUUCGUUUUGGAGCCACGUUCGUUUCUGGAAAAACUGGCCGAUUCGUACUAUCACGCUGAUAUAUUGUCUCAAGCAGUAUUGGAAGAUGAUGCAUUUACGCGUAUGAAAACUGUAGUGAAAUGGUACUUAUCAGGAUUUUAUAAGAAACCACAAGGUCUGAAAAAGCCUUACAAUCCACUUUUGGGCGAAACAUUCCGCUGCUAUUGGCAACAUCCUAAUGGUUCAAGAACAUUCUACUUAGCCGAGCAAUUAUCGCAUCAUCCACCUAUCUCAGGAUUCUACGUGACAAAUCGUCAAGAUGGAUUUACUAUUAGCGCUACAAUUAUUGCAAAGUCUAAAUUUUAUGGGAAUUCAACCUCCGCAGUUUUAGAUGGAGUCGCUAUAUUAACGAUGCUGCCAAGAGGUGAAGAUUAUACAAUGACAAUUCCUUACGCGCACUGUAAAGGUUUGCUAAUGGGAACGUUGUCUAUGGAACUCGGCGGAAAAGUGAACAUAAUAUGCGAGAAAACCGGCUAUCAUUCAGAAUUAGAAUUUAAACUGAAGCCGUUCCUUGGCGGUGCAGAAUUAAUGAAUCAAGUCGUGGGACGAAUACGCCUAGGAAAAGAAACUCUUGCUACUAUAUCCGGAUAUUGGGAUGGACAGAUUUCAAUAACGGAUAAGCGAACAGGACAAGAAAAUGCAUUCUUCAAUCCAACUCCGGAAAUACGUAAGAACAGGUUAAAGAAAUACACCGUCCCGAUGGAAUAUCAGGGGCCGUGGGAAAGCGAAAAAUUAUGGCACGCUGUGACGCUAGCUAUUGAUAAUGACGAUCAAUUUGCCGCUACUCAAGCUAAAACCCAACUCGAAGAAGCACAAAGGGAACGUGCUAAGGAGCGGAAAAUCUUGGGACAGGAGUGGGUCCCAAAAUACUUUGUUCAAGAUAUUAUAACAGGAAAUUGGGUGUAUCGCCAUGCUGACGUGAGACCGUGGGACCCGAGAAACGAUGUAGUACAAUAUGAAGAAAAUUAUAUAGUACGCACAAAGACUAGACACAAAACACCUAUUAUGCGUACUGGUAGUAUUGUUUCUACUGAACCGCAAUCACAGAUUCCACUGCUACAAGCUGAAUCGCGUUCUUCCUUAUCGGUGCUUAAAUCUUCAAAGAGACAGCUAUCUAACAAUAUGCCUUUGACAGAGCCAGCGCAUGAUUCCGGAAGCUCAUCUGCUGAAGCACAUACCGAUUCUAGUCAAUCGUUAGGGAAAAGAAGACGUUCAACUGCUAGGAUAAUAGAUAUAAUAAAAGAAGUGGAACAUCAAAUGCUGGAGCAUGGUGAAAAACUGAAUCGGAUACAGCACAUCGUGGAGCAAGUUGCAAAGAAGCAAAGAGAAUAUGCUGAACUGCAACACAACAAAAACCUAUUUAAAAGUUUCUUGGAUGUUGUGUUUAUAUUGAUUAUUGUUUUCUUCACGUUUUAUUUUGCAAACAUAUGGAUUCGUGAUUCAAACAAGGGUUGAACAAAAUGGCUGGCAGGGUUGUUGCGUAUUUUUUCGUUGUUAUUGUUAUUUCUGUGACAAUGAGUUAUAUGUAUUUAUAUAUUUACAUAUACAUCAGUUACUCUCCCUAAAACUCUUGCAACGUGGUGUCGGUACUGUUUCAUAAUCAUCACGUGGUGGGAAGCACAUUGUUUCAAGAAAACAAAAAUUUUUUUUAUUCCAAAACCAUACAACUUAUGUAUGAAACAUUCAUCGAUGUAGGAGUUAAGCAUAAAUAGAACAUCUGAUGUGUAGAUUCAGUGCAAUGGUAUUUUUGUUAUAGUUCCAGACAGCGCAAUUUUAAAUACAGAAGCUAAACUAACAAUCUAUAUGAGCUUAUAAUGUAUAUAGAGCUUAUAUAAUAUAUGGGAAAAUAUAGUUUUUGGAUUAUUGAUUUAACUUUCAUUGCAAUCAGUAUCAAAUUGUAAUAUAAUUAUGCAAAUGUAAAAAUGUUAAGAUCUUAAUCUUUGCAGCUAAUUUAUUGUAAAUCUACUUGUAAAUUUAUUUCUAUUACCGUGUAUGUAAUAAUAAUUUUAUUCUAAUGUGGUAUCAAAUUUACAACAAUGUCGUACUCUAUAAGUCGCAUUUAUGCUUUACAUGAUUUGGUUACUUUAAUAUUGAAUAUUUGCAUUGCAUAGAGAAUAUCGAAUGUUGCAUGUUGGUAAAAAUUUUCUCUAAAACGCGCACGCGCACACAUACACACACACACACACACACACAAAGUGAGAGAAAGCUUGCAAUGCAUUAUAUUUACUUGUUAAGCUCGUUCAUGUGAUAUCCCAAUGAUACCAUGCAAUACCAGAUUUGUACAUACAAAAAAAUUUAUGCAAUCUGUAUAACAUUACUAUCCGACAGUUAUUGACAGUUUUUUUAAUCAGUAAAUGUAUUUAUGUAAUUUUUGGAAAUUUUAAAUUCAAUAAAAUAUAGUCUAGUUUAA